AUGCCAAACUUUGGAAAUGGAAUAUCACACAUCGAUUAUAAUGAUCAUGAACCACCUCUUGUGAUGGUCGAAAGAAAGAGUGAUGAUGAAAUUUGGUAUAAUGAUCAAAUGGCUGUUAAGUUAUUGUGGCGGUAUAAUGCAGAACCGGAUGAAAUAACUCAUGAGAUAUAG